UUUCGUGUUUACAUAGGUACUCUUUAGUCUUUGUUCAUUUUUAGUAGAAUUCAUGUAGAAUUUAAUUUUUCUAUUUAUCUUCUUCAAUCUUCAAAGCAAAGAGUAUGUAAUCACUAGGUUUACCAGUUUUCCGAAGAAUUACUUUGCCACUUGUGAAUUUGUGAUAGACCGUAUCACAAAAUACAAUUUGUUAAUAAUCUAUGUGCAUAGAAGAGAAGUCGUACCUAUCGUAGCAUCCAAAUUAUUUUCAAAAAUGAGUCGAGAUAAGCGUGAACUUGAUUAUCCUGUAGAAUUAGAAACUCAGUUUAUUAUGAAGAUGCCAACGGAACCUGCUAAAGCUCUAAGAGAUUUGAUCAAAUCUGGUGAAAACUUUAAAAAUAGACUUGUGAUACAGUUGAGUGAUGAUAUGAGGAAUGGAGAAGUAAGAUUUGAUCAUUGGUUGUUACACGCUAAAUCUGUAGACUUGCCUACCAUUGUUGAGUCUUGGAAAAGUAUCGACAGAAAAAGUCUUUACAAAACUGCAGACAUCUGUCAGAUAUUGAUAUGUAAGGAAGAAAUAGAUCCUCACACUGAAGAGGAGUCCCCCGCUAAAAAUAAGAAAAAAGAUCCUCACAAAGUGGAUAAAAAAUACCUCUGGCCUCAUGGUAUAACACCCCCUACUAAAAAUGUUAGGAAAAGACGUUUCAGGAAAACUCUACGAAAAAAAUGUCCAGAAGCGCCUGAAAUUGAAAAAGAACUCAAAAGACUAUUAAGAGCUGACAAUGAAGCUGUCAGCAUAAGUUGGGAGGUUAUCAAAGAAAAAACCACCAUUGCUUCAAAAAAUGAAACAAUAACUUCUAAUGAGAAAUUUCAAUUCAAGAGAGAAAUCAAAAGUUCCACAACUACUAAUCCAGCUUCAAAAGUGGAAGAUAUAUUUGGUGGUGCCUUGAGUGACAGUGAUGUGGAGGAUGAUAAUGUCCAUGUUGACAUAGAGGACAGCAGGCUUUCACUUUAUAAUGGCCAUUUAUCUGAUACAAAUUCUAUUCUUGGAGUAGAAGCUCCAAUCCAUAAUUUUGCCACAGAAUUUAAUUCUGAAAUGUUUGAUUCGUCUAUGAAAAUAGCAUCACAGAAGAGCAGCACACUGAUAGCCUCAAAUACAAGUAGCCACUAUUUAACAGAUAAUUAUAGGCAAGUAGUUAAUAGCAGUGGCCCUAUCACUACUACACUGGAGCAACUUAAAUCUGAUCUAGAAGAAUUGAAACAAAGAAGACAACGAACUCAACUAGAAAUUGCUGGAAUGGAAAAUAUGGCCUUGAGGCAAAGAUUUCAAGAUAUUUUUAAAACAUUAAAUAAAGAAAUAAUAACUAAAGAGAUUGAAUUUCAAAACUUGAAGUCUUACUUGAAAUAAACAUCAGAAAGUCA